AUGGGGAAUGCCAUUGCACAUGUUUUUCCAAAUUCUGGUCAUCGGCUUUGCUCUUGGCACAUUGGGAGAAAUUCAAUGAAGUAUUUAGUAGAUUUGAAGAGCAAAGAUGGCUUUAUGAGGGAUUACACUAACUGGUUGCAUCUUAGUGAAUCGAUUGAAGCAUUCGAGGAUAGAUGGGGUGAACUUAAGGCAACAUACAACAUUGAUGAUAAACAUUGGUUGAGUAGGAUGUAUGAAAUUCGGAGCAAAUGGGUUUCUCUGUAUUGGCAAGAUACAUUUACAGCAGGAAUGACCACUACACAACGUAGUGAAAGUAUCAACUCAUUUUUUGAUGGCUUUGUUAAUGCACAAACCCCACUGGAUGAGUUUGUUAUGCAGUAUGACAAGGCUUUGUUAGCUCGAAGAAAUGUUGAAGAAAGCGAAGACUUCAAGACUUUGAAUUCUAUAGCUAACUUUUAUACGGGUCAUCCAAUUGAGAGACAUGUAGGAGAAGUGUAUACAAGAGCUGUGUUUGAUACUUUUCAGGCAGAAUUGCCAGAAAGUGAUAGCAUGCUUGCUGAACGCAUUCGAUAUGGGUCCGAUAAUGCUAAAUAUGCAAUUUGCAAUCAUGUUGUUGUAUUUGGAAAAAACUGUACUGAAGAUGGGGAACCUUAUGCAACGUGCUCGUACAUGUAUGAGAAAAUUAUGCCUAAGCUAAAUGACAUAUUUGAAAUGGUUACUGAAAAGUCAAAUGCACCAGAGCAUUCAUUAAGCACCAAGCAAAAUGAGGAAAAUCAAGAGGUUAUUGGUUCAUGUUCUUUGCCUACCUUCUCGUGUGAUAAUGAUGUUUAUGGAGAACUUGUCAUGCCUAAAAACUGA